ACACAUCGCCGCCACACAUCCUAGAAUACAGAGUCUGUUUGUUACGGAGAUUGUUUUUAUCUGAAAUCUUCCUUCGACCGCUGUCGAAGUGUCAUUGUUAUAUGGAUGAAUAGCCACUACCACGGCCUAUUUAAAUCUGUAACUUACAAUUGGUUACCCCGCAGCAGUCAUAUGACUUAAAGCGCUAAUAAAACCUCUUGUCAAAUUGAUUAACUUUGCAGAAUACCAAACAACGUUCACAGGACAGCCCGCCUUUGAUAACAUUUUCCGUCUUUCCCAGCAACAAAAUGAGCCAGGCAACAGUUUCAGGACGUUGUGACUUCAACUGUGAGGAAGCUUGUGAAAAACUCAAGAAUGCCAUGGAUGGAUUAGGAACAAAUGAAGAGGAUAUUAUUGAGGUUUUGGUGACUCAUAAUUGUGAACAGCGCCAAGAAAUCAAAACACAAUACAAGCAAUCAUAUGGAGAGGAUUUAAUCGAAGAUCUGAAAAGCGAACUGUCUGGAAAUUUGGAAGACGUGAUCGUAGCUUUAUUUGAUUCUCCCAGAGAGUUCGAUGUUCAUGAAAUCCAUCGAGCCAUAGCUUGUAUGGGAACAGAUGAGAGCACACUUAUUGAGAUUUUGGUGACCAGAACAAACGAAGAAAUUGAAGAGAUAAAAGCUAAAUAUGAAGAAGAGUAUGAGGUUUCCAUGGAAGAAGACAUCUCCUCGGACACAAGUGGUUAUUUCCGUCGUUUGAUGGUUUCCCUUUGCACUGCAUCAAGAGAUAAUGAUUGGUGGCCCGAUGCAGAUAAGGCUGCUGAAGAUGCUCAAAAACUCUUUGAUGAUGGAGAAGGACAGUUAGGCACUGAUGAAUGCACUUUCAAUUCGAUUUUGUGCACCCGUACCCUACCCCAGUUGAGAGCAACGUUUGAGGCUUAUCAGGAACUGGCUGGUCAUAGUCUUCGAGAGGCAGUUGAGUCAGAAACUUCUGGUGCCGUACAAGAAGGCUAUCUUGCUAUUAUUGAUGCAGCUACUAAUUUGACCGAGUAUUUUGCGAAGCUACUCCACAAGAGCAUGUCAGGAGCAGGCACCACUGAUAGCGCUCUCAUUCGAGUGAUUGUAUCAAGGAGUGAGAUUGACUUGGGACAUAUAAAGGAGUGCUUUCAAGAAAUCUAUGGGCAACCAUUGUCUGAAUGGGUUGACAGUGACUGUGGUGGAGAUUAUAAACGAUUGUUGUUGAGGAUUAUCAAGUAGCAAAAGAGAAAUUAAUUUUUCCUAACAGUAACCCUCUAUCAGGUUUUUCAUUCACAGCCAAUGGCUUUGAUAAAAA